UUCCCCAACUGUUACAGUUACUGAUUGCACAACCAGUCAGACUGCCAUGCAGGAAAGACCUAUUGUUUCAAGGGGUGAACAAACUUGUACAUCCAAACCCACAAACUCUCAGUCUGACUGCAUGGCUGUUAUCGACAGAAACUUGUUAUCAAAGGGGUUUUCAAAACAAACUAGAAAUUUACUGGCCUCCUCCUGGAGAAAGGGAACCCAGAAAGAUUAUCGCUGCAAAUUCAGACUGUUCAGUAGUUGGUGUAGUCAACAACAGGUUGAUACGUAUGCAGCAACUUUAACUGAUUGUGCAGAUUUCUUGUCCUUUCUAUUUUUUGACAAAGGUUUAAAAUAUAGGACAAUUAAUGGGUACAGAUCCAUGUUAUCUUCAGUGUUACCCUCAAUUGAGGGAAAACCUGUAGGUCAGCAUCCUUGUAUUAUUCGUCUACUAAAAGGUAUUUUCAAUCAAAGACCACCCGUAAAAAAACUAAUACCCGAAUGGGAUUUACCUCUCGUUUUAGGUUGUUUGAGACGGGCUCCAUUCGAACCUAUGAAGGAUGCUGCUUUGAAAUUUGUUACUUGGAAAACCUGUUUUUUGAUCGCUGUCACCACUUUCCAGAGAUGCAGUGACCUACAAUCUUUACAGCUUGGAGAACAAAAUGUAAAUAUACAGAAGAAAGGUGUCACAUUUCUUAGAACUGGUUUAUCCAAGACUGAUAGACCUAGUCAUAUAAAAAGGUCAAUUUUCAUACCUGCAUUCACAAGAGAUAAAUUUGUGGAUCCCAAAAGAGCUCUGACAUAUUACUUAAUGAAAACUGAAAAGUUUCGUAGUGAAUCAGACGUUUCUUUGAAAUUAUUCUUGGCAAUCAACAAACCUCAUAAGCCAGUUUCAUCCCAGACAAUAUCUAGAUGGAUAACUAGUACUAUUAGAUACUGUUAUAAAAAGUCCAAUAAGUCAGUGGGUUGUGUAACUGGACAUUCUACACGGAGUAUAGGACCUUCGUGGGCAAUUUUUAAAGGAGCAUCUUUUCAGCAAAUUAUGGAGUCAGCGGAUUGGUCAAAAGAGACCACAUUUGUGAAACAUUAUUUAAAACAAGUUAAUGUUAAUUAUUUGGAAGUUUAAAUAAACUUUUUCUGUGUUAUCUCUUCCGGCGGGUUGCCUGGAUUUUGAACAGUGUUUUAUUAAAACCAGUUAACUUAGGAUUACAGACAUGUAUAUAGGGGAUAUUACAGUAACUGUUGUAUAGUAGAUGUAAAUAGUGGGAAGAGCAUGGUGUUUUAUUCUUCGAUGUCCAUAUAAACUGUAGAGUACAGAUGAAGAUUAAUUCAGGCGACUUGUUUACGCCUACAAGGAAACUGAAGCAUGGUGCUUCUAACGGAAGUACAUUUGACCGUGAAGGUCAAGUUUUUUACUUC